UAUAAGUGACAAGGCAGUAAUCAUGGUAAAUUUGAGAACUUCUACGUUUAAAACUUAAAGCAUUAGGCUUAUAACUCGGUGCGAUAAUUAUCCCUCAAUAAGUUUAGUCCCAGUAGUUUUACUUACCACAUUUUUGGAGUAGAUAUUAUAGAUCAGUUAAGAAACUUAGAGCUUCAACCCUUUCGCAUGGAUUUUCGGUUUGUGUAGCUGAUGAAAAGCGUACAAGACAGGUGCUUUAUUAUAUACCUCCAACUGGGGUUUAGAGACUGGUCAUGAUCAGUUGAGGGAAACUUGUCCCACCUUGUUUAGAUUAUGAGGAGAUCUCAGAGGCUUGAAAUAUCGUUUCAAGCUUUUAAGGACUUAUUUUGUCCAGAAAUGAGAUAGAACAGGCUUGAUAAGAAGAAAUCAAAAUAUUGGUUGUUACUUUAGUUAAUUUUCUAAUAAUACAUAGGCAGAAGCAAAUGGGAUAAUUCGGAGCAGCCUUGGAGAGAACAAUGGAGGCGGUCCUGAAGAGAGAACUAGAAAUAUAGGACAAAAAGAAGAUGCUAAAACAAAAACUGGUGGCUCAGGGAACACUGAUCUUAAGAACCAGAGCUCUAAUAACCUAGAGCGUUUCCCUCCAGAGCAUCAGGAUACUAUCAUGAAGCAGCUGGGUAACCACUCAGGCAUUUAUAAUUAUAAAUCGAAUAAAAAGAUUGAAGGGGAGGCAGAGCCAAAGCCAAAGCCUGAAAACAAAAUGAGUGCUUAUACUACAACUUUCCCAGAACAUUUGCUAAAAUACACGUUGCACUAUCAAGCUCAGAAUGGAGACGGCAAUUCUUCAGAGAGUGACUACGAAUCUCUGCAUGAAAGUCCUUCGAAAGAGAAAAAGAAUGGUAUUACUGAAGAACUUGAUGAAGAUCUUGAAUUUGAGGAAACUCCUAAACAAUACAAGUAUAUCAUGAGAGAAAGCGGCCAAGUCAGGUUCUACUGGGACCUGAUAGUUAUCUCUUUGGCUGUUUAUACAAGUAUUAUGACGCCUUUCUUCAUUGCAUUCGAUCCUAGCUGGAGAGAAAACCUUUUCUUCACAUUCUUUGACUGGAUAGUCAACAUUAUUUUCAUGCUUGAUAUUGGAGUGAAUUUCAGAACAACUUUUAUCAAUACCAAAAGAGGAUUUGAGGUAUAUGACCCCAAGAUGAUUGCUAAGAAAUAUGUCCUAGGAGGCAAAUUCUGGAUUGAUUUGAUCUCAUCAAUCCCGUUUGAUAAUAUCGAGGUUGAGGCACUUUCCUUCCUGGCUGUUCUUGGAAUGCUCAAGCUUAUUAGAACUGCUAGAAUCUCGAAGAUCAUUCAACAUUUGAAGGUAAAGCAGAUUACCAAGACUUAUUUAAAGACAGUUCAACUGUUGUUUAAUAUUCUGCUUUAUAUCCAUCUCCAGGCAUGCAUCUGGUGGAUCAUUGUGAAAGUUGAAAAAUCUUGGGUCCCCAAUAUGGACUUCAUCUUCUAUAGCACUCAGAUUUAUAAAGAAGGAAUCUGGCACCAAUAUUGGAGCUCAAUUUAUCAUUCAGUAAUGCUCUUCGGGAUUAACGAGAUGGCUGCGAGAACAACCUUGGUCCUUAUUGCCAGUUCUUUCAUCAUGCUUCUCUCCGCAAUGGUCAAUGCUAAUUUGAUCGGGCAAGUUGCUGUUUUAGUUAGUGAUAUGAGCAAGAAAAGUGUCAAGUUCCAGCAACAACAGGACACAUGUAAUACAGCAAUGGCGAACAUGAAAAUACCUCAGAUUACUCGAAAGAAAGUUAGAGAGUACCUUCUCAAUACCCAAUCUACUCAGGACCAGCAAGAGGAGCUUAAUGAUUUUUUGAAGAACAUUUCUCCGUCUCUGAGGAUGAAGGUAUCUGUUCAUAUUUUCUCAGAUAUUCUACGUAACAACAAAGUGUUCUCAUUUAUUAUUGAGAAAUACCAAGAUUCUGAGUACAUUGUGAGGAAGCUUGAGACUAUCCUAACGGUUCCUGAAGACGAAAUCGUAACUCAAAAUAAGCGUCUCACAGGAAAUGAGAAGGACGUUCAGAUCUAUUUCAUUGCCAAGGGAGAAUUCCAGGUUUACUGUCAGACGCAAGUCCAUACAAUGCCAUCAAAAGUGAGAACUCUCCAAAGUGGAGACCAUUUUGGAGAAAUCUCAAUGCUUUAUGGUUGUAAGAGAACAGCUACUGUGACAUCAAUCAAGUAUGGAACACUUGGUUACAUGACCAAAGCGUCCUACAAGGAUGCUGUAUACAAGUAUCAAGAAAUCUCUGAGGAGCUUAAUAAGUGCAUUUAUGAGUAUGAUGACUUGUUAAAAAUCUUCAAAGAAUGGUAUAUUAAGCAAGUUCCCUAUUUUCAAAAUUUGUGCACGGAGACAAUCCAUAAGAUCCUAUUUUCAUUUAAUGACGAAACUUUUGAGAAAGGACAUGUCCUGAUAUCUGAAGAAGACAUGACUGAUAAGUUGAUCCUAGUCCAAUACGGAGUAAUCGACAUAGAAGUUGUCGUUGAUGAGCAAGUCUUUGUCAUUGAGAGAAUGACUAAGGGCUGAGUCCUAAACUAUCGUAACUUUUUGUAUAAAGACACCUUUAAACUAGUUGCUAGGUGCAAGUCAAUCACACAAGUUAUGUACCUUGACGAUCAGACAUGGAUGAAGCUAAGAAAUAAGUAUGAUGAUAUUGAGUCUGAGUUUAAAAAGUUUACAGCUAUCGAAGAGAAUUCUGAGGAAAAUAUUAGCAAGAUUUUGCUCGAUUACAUCCUUCCCCUUCCUGAAGGAGACCCAAGGGAUCCUAAUAUGGUCCUUAAUAGACAAAAACUGACUAAUAAGCUCAAGAAUUGAGCUCUCAAGACCUUGUUACAAAAUAAAAAGAAUAGACCUCCUAAACUCAAAGAUAUAUUAAAGAAUGCUAUUGAGAAGAUGAGAACACAACAACAAGAUAAGAAAGACAAAGAAGAAAUGGAGAAUGAGUCAAGUGAAUCUGAAUUAGACCCAGAGGAAUACCAAACAAACUUCUUCAACAAAUCUGCUGAUGACAUCUCAUACUUUGUGGAGUAUACUUCUGACAUUGUGAAUGACUUUGAGCAGAAGUUGAUCAAAAAGAUUCCCAAGACAAUAACCUCAUAAUUUCUAGAAUUAUAAUUGUUUUCAACUCUG